GUUUGGUGUACAAACAUUAAACUCAGAAAACAACGACCCCAUAUGCCCCGGCCGUAUUCAACACAAACCAAACGACGCCGUUUUAUCAUCCUGAAAUCGUAGCAGAAGCACGCGCACUUACCCAACUCCAUCUCACGCGCCUCGUCGUUCCACCGUACUCCUAACAAAAACAGCUUACAGAAUCACUGAAACAUGAGUCCCAGAUUGAAUUCUUCAUCCGACCCUGACGCCACCACCGGGUCAUGGAUCAUUCGCGGCAUCUUAGCCGGGGCAGCCGUCGCCGGCGCUUGCGCGUUGGUCACUCUCCGGCGAUCGGUGAAGCUUCGGAGCCAAGUAGUGGGUAUCAUACCCGCCCGUUUCGCGUCCUCUCGGUUUGAAGGCAAACCUCUCGUACCCCUCCUCGGAAAGCCGAUGAUUCAGAGAACCUGGGAAAGAGCAAAACUUGCCACCACAUUGGAUCAACUGGUUGUGGCUACGGAUGAUGAGAAAAUAGCAGAAUGCUGUAGAGGAUUUGGAGCUGAUGUGAUAAUGACAUCAGAGUCUUGCCGAAAUGGAACUGAACGCUGCAAUGAGGCUCUCAAAAAACUGAGAAAGAAUUUUGAUAUUGUUGUCAAUAUUCAAGGAGAUGAGCCUCUUAUUGAACCAGAGAUUAUAGAUGGGGUAGUAAAAGCUCUACAGGCAGCUCCUGAUGCAGUAUUUAGCACUGCAGUCACAUCUUUAAAACCUGAAGAUGCAUCUGACCCAAAUCGAGUGAAAUGUAUUGUGGAUAAUCGAGGUUAUGCAAUCUAUUUUUCAAGAGGAUUGAUUCCCUAUAACAAGUCAGGGAAGGUCAAUCCACACUUCCCAUAUUUUCUCCAUCUUGGUAUCCAGAGCUAUGAUGCCCAGUUUCUAAGGAUAUAUCCAGAGCUUUCACCUACUCCAUUGCAACUAGAAGAAGACCUGGAGCAGCUUAAAGUCCUUGAGAAUGGGUAUAAGAUGAAGGUGAUUAAGGUUGAUCAUGAUGCUCAUGGUGUUGAUACUCCAGAAGAUGUUGAGAAAAUAGAAGCUUUGAUGCGUGCACAAAACUUGUCUUAGUUUAUUGCAAGAUAGAGAAGGCAGAGAAGGCGGCGUGGGGGCUCCAUCAGCCCAUUUAUAAAAGAAAAUUCUCCCAUGAUUUUGUUGUUUCAGAUAAGCAAUUCAGUUUUCUGACUCCAAGCCCGUUUUAUGUUUGGGCAAAGAACAGGCUCUGGAAAUAGAGAGUUCUUGAUGGCUUUUAUGCUUUUGUUCUAAUGAGUUUGUCUCUUGUUGGAGAUUCAAUUUUGUCAGCUAGGAUUAUUUCUGCCACAUACAGUGCAGACGCCCGUGAUAUACAUUCUUUUCUUAAUCAAAAUAAACCCCCAAUAUUAUUUA